AUGACAGAUUGUACAAAAAUUGAAGGUAAAGGGAAUCUACCAGAAAAACGAACUCUUUCUACUAAACCCAACAAAGAAAAAUUGAUAGAUCCAUCAUUCGAGAAUAUCAUUGAUUUAGUGAAGCAAUUGAAGUUAUCACAAGAUAAAGAAUUGGGGGAAAUCUCAGAAAUGAAUUUACAAAAUAUUAUAAAGAGCCCUAAUGACAGAUCGUUCCCAGUUAUUAAUAGGCCAGCAUUAUAUGUGAGAGAAGAAUACAAGGACAUUUAUCAUCUAUUGAUCAAUAAUUCAUCAACUGGUUCCUGUCAUAAGUUCAUUGUCACUGGAACAUCAGGUGUAGUCAGAAAUUCUAUUGCUUUGAUAAAGGUGGAAUUGAUGUUGGAAGUUCACAUGACUUCUCAGAUUGCUUCAGAUCUAGUGAAACAUGGUACCUAG